CGCGGGAGUCGGUCAGCGCGCCCGAGCUGCUCCGCUUCGUGCUUGCCCUGCGGCCGCUGCCAUCGCCGCCCCGGCAAGGCCCGGCGGCGGAGCCCGGCGAAGAGAGCGGCGGCAAGUCUGAGGGCAGCCGCGUUUCGACUUUUCUUUCUGUGAUUCACUUUUAGCUGUUGAGCUAAAAAGAAAAAUUACGGCAACAUUCCUGUUUACUUUUAAGGUGAGGUAAGGAGUAAACACUGAGUUUAUGGACUACUUUUCAAGAUUCUCCAUUUUGGAUAAACAUUGUAUGUUUGAUCCAAAGCCGGUAAGGUUCCCUUUGAAUCUUCAUAUUAAAUUCAGGAAGAUUUUUUUUUAAAGUCUCCAGACAUACAGAGGCAUAGCGAUGGAGUUUCAUAUUUACUCAUGCCUCUAUAUAGGCAUCGUGUUUCUCAGCAAAUAAGACCGAGUCUUAUUUUCUUUUAGACUAGAAAAUAAGCAUUUGGGCUUAUUUUCGAGGCGGUCUUACUUUUUUUGAGGUACAGCAGGCCAGACUCGGUGAGGUGGAUGCACUGUGGACGCACCGUCGCCUCCAUUCUGAACCUUCAGCGUUUGGAAUGGAGGCUUUUUGGCGAACGGGAGGAAAACGGGGAGGGGGAUUUUUCUGCCUGUCAUCCUUCCCUCACUCUGUGCGGAAUGGAUUGAGGAAUGGAUGACAGGCAGCAAAAUCCCCCUCCCCAUUUUCCUCCCAUUCACAAAAAAGCCUCCCGCGAGCCUCCCAAAAAGAGGGGAAAAGCAAAGCAGCUGGCCACGUAGCUGCCAGCUUCAGGGAAGCAGCCCAACAAGCAGAAGCACUGCGCCCAGAAAGAGAAGGGCAAGAGCGAUAUUUGCGCUGCCCCAAGGGGCCAACGGGCUGCAACUGUAGCCGGACAGUCCCGUCCCUCCUGCACGCCCGUGCCACCACUUAUGCUGGCCACGCCCAUCCCCCUGGGCUUAUUUUCGGGGUAGGGGUAAUAUUAGGCCCACCCCCUGAAAAUUAGGGUUGGAUCGUGUUUUCUGAGAAGCACAGUAGUCCUUAUCCCCAAUUGCUUUGCAACCAUUCAAAGUUACGGCAGGCCUUCCUGGGAUUGGCAGUUCCAAUGACAUCCCUUCACAUAGUGACUGCAUUUCAGGCGGUAGGCAACCACUUGCAGCAUUCUUUGAAAAUAGAAACAAAAUAUGUGAGAUUGCAUAUAUACUCUCCAUGUGUAAUAUAUAUUGCUUUAUUGUUUGCUCCCUAGAAAUCCUCUAUUACAGCGAUGACACGGCCAUGGCCCACUCACUAGUUAGGUCACUGUUGGCCAAGCAUAAUUUUGAUGAGGUGGAUAUGGCAAAGAGGUUCGCUGAAGAAUAUAACAAGGAUCCUGACCGAUCCUAUGGAGGUGGUGUGGUGGCUGUAUUCAAGAAACUGCUUAGUCCUAAAUGCAAAGAUGUGUUUGAGCCAGCAAGGCAGCAGUUUAAUGGGAAAGGUUCCUAUGGGAAUGGUGGCGCCAUGAGAGUAGCAGGCAUUUCAUUAGCUUACACCGACGUUCAAGAUGUAAAGAAGUUUGCUAAACUGAGUGCUGAGCUGACCCACGCAAACUCCUUGGGUUACAACGGAGCCAUCUUGCAAGCCUUGGCAGUCCAUUAUGCUCUCUGCGGGGAGUCAAAUCGGGAGAAGUUUUUGGAUCAACUGAUAGGCCAGAUGGAAGACGUGGAGGCGGAUGACAAGUCUGUGGCUGAUGCACGAAUGCUGGGCUAUGAGGACCGUCCCUUUUCAAAGCGUUUAAAGAAGAUCAGAGAGUUUUUGGAACAGGGUACUGUGUCCAGGUCAGACGUGCUACAAGAAUUAGGCAAUGGUAUCGAAGCCCUGAAUUCUGUCCCCACUGCAAUCUACUCAUUCCUGCGUUGCAUGGAAUCUCACCCAGAUGUUCCUGAUACGUACAACUCUCUGCAACGGACCAUCAUGUACUGCAUCUUACUGGGCGGGGACACGGAUACGAUUGCAACCAUGGCAGGAGCCAUUGCAGGGGCAUUUUAUGGGGAAGAGCAGGUGCCCCAAAGUUGGAGAGAGAGCUGUGAAGCCUACGAGGAGACAGAGAAGCUGGCUGAUGGCUUGUACGAACUCUACCACCAGCCAUGAAUGAGGAUUUGACACCUGGUAGCCAGGUCUGUAGUUUUGCAUCAUGUUCCAAAGGAAGCGAAUCGUGUCCACAAUAGGAGAGUCUCUAUUCCUCCAAAGCAGGGGUCUCCAACCUUGGUCCCUUUAAGACUUGUGGACUUCAAUUCCCAGAGUUCCUCAGCCAGCUUUGCUGGCUGAGGGACUCUGGGAGUUAUUUAUUUUAUUUUUUAUUUUUUUAUCAAAUUUUUAUACCGCCCUUCUCCCGAAGGACUCAGGCCGGUGUACAGCCUAAAUAAAACACAAUAUAUAUACAAUUAAAAUCAAAAUUUAAAAUAAAACAUAUUACAAAAAGGCCAAUGUUUAAAAAUUUAAAAUUUAAAUUUUAAAAAAUUUAAAACCCCAUAACAAUAAAACCCAAUUAAAAUGUUAAAAAACCAUUAUGCCAGUCCAGCUUGAAUAAAUAAGUAUGUUUUUAGCUCACGGCGAAAGGUCCGAAGAUCAGACACUUGGCGUAGUUGAAGUCCACAAAUCUUAAAGGGACCAAGGUUGGAGACCCCUGCUCCAAAGAAUGCCCAGGGCCAUAGUGAAUGGCUCCCUGCCAAAGAUUUCUGCUGUAGCUGCAUGUUCAGAAGUGCCAAUUCUUUUUAGCCGCAUAGUCACUGUUCACUCAUUCUUUUCUCCUUUGGUUGUUUUGUUUCCUAAUUUUGAAAUUUUUGUAAUAACAUCAUAAUAACUUCUUGGUUGGAAUCUUAAAUUCUCUUUAGUUCGUUGUGCCGGGGUUUCUCUCUGCAGCAGAUUGGCUUCAGGACAGUUUCCCAAGCAGAACCCUCACCCCAAAAGGCUAAGUUUGGGCAAAGUCAAAGGACAAAUAUGUACGUUUGCAGUUCAACCCACCAUUAGAUUGAGAGUCAUCAGGCCGAGCUGCUUCUAUGGGCAAUUGGAACAUGCGUCUUUAAUACCAGAAAUGUAUUAAACAUAAUAUUGUCAUUAAUAAAUUUUACUGUUUAAAAAACUUAA